AUGUAUGAUAUUAAAAGGUUUGACAUCUAUCGAAAAGUGCCACGUGAUUUGACGCAGCCAACAACGACUGGCGCAAUCAUUUCGGUUGUUUGCAUAUCAUUCAUAUUGUUUAUGGUAAUCAAUGACUUGCUCAACUUCCUUACAUUAGAAGUUCGAUCGGAAUUAUUUGUGGAUGAUCCAGGUCGAGAAGGUCGAAUUGAAGUGCAACUAAAUAUUUCACUUCCAUAUUUGUCAUGUUAUUACAUAGGAAUUGAUAUACAAGAUGAUAACGGACGACAUGAAGUUGGUUUUGUUCGUAAUACCGAAAAAAUACCAAUUGGUACCAGUGGUUGUAGAUUCGAAGGAAAAUUUGAAAUCAGUAAGGUACCAGGAAAUUUCCAUAUAAGCACUCAUGCGGCUGAUACACAACCUGAAACAUAUGACAUGCGACAUACAAUACAUUCAGUUGUUUUUGGUGAUGAUGUCUCGACAUCUCAAAACCUUGGAAGUUUUAAUCCAUUAAAAAAUCGUGAAGCUCUUGAAAGCGACGGAAGUUUUACCCAUGACUAUGUUCUAAAGAUAGUACCAUCAGUAUAUGAAGAUAUUACUGGAAACAAGAAAUACAGCUAUCAAUAUACCUAUGCACAUAAAGAAUACGUCACAUAUCAUUAUUCCGGUAAAGUAAUGCCUGCUUUAUGGUUCCGUUACGAAUUACAACCAAUUACCAUCAAAUAUACCGAAAGACGACAACCAUUUUAUACAUUUAUCACGUCUAUUUGUGCUGUGGUUGGUGGUACAUUUACGGUUGCAGGUAUCAUUGACGCAUCGUUGUUUUCAUUGACCGAAUUGUACCGGAAACAUCAAAUGGGCAAACUGAGUUGA